CUGAAGUACACAGAAGAGGAACAGUGGAAUCAACGUGUUGCUGAAGAAGUAGUUAAAUGGAACAUUAUCUUCUCAGAACCCACUACAGAGUGCUUUGUGCUGUAAUCCUCUGGGCACAUGCCAUACUUUCUGAUGCAUUUGAUGUCACUGUACCAAAGACCCCUUCAGUUGGUAUCCACGGUCAAAGCAUUGUCCUUGGAUGUAGCUUUGCUGUUACUGAUGACUCCUCACUUGAACAUAUUGUAAUCACCUGGCAACGCACCAGGGACAACAAAGUGGUGCACAGUUACCAUUAUGGCAAAGAUCAGCUUGAUAAACAGGACAGGCAGUAUUCAGGCAGAACGAGCCUGUUUCCAGAGGAACUGAAAAAUGGCAAUGUUUCACUGAAGCUGGAUAAACUGAGAGUUGAGGACGCUGGCCAGUACAUGUGUUUUGUCAGUAGUAUAAUGGGAAGUGCCAAAGGGACUGUAUCAUUGGAAAUCGCAGCAUACUACAGCGAGCCAGAAGUCCUGGUCAAACUCCAAUCACCUGGUAUGACUUUCGUUCUAACAUCUCGAGGUUAUCCUGAGGCAUAUGUUUUCUGGUACUGUGAAGAUAAUAACAAGCACUUGAAGACUGAAGUUUCAUUUUCUAAAACGGAAGAUGGACUUUACUCGUUCAAAAGUACUCUUGAAGUUGCUCAUGUGAGCAGAUGUUAUAAAUUUGUGGCUGAAAUACAGAAUCAUCUUGUUAACCAGACUAUUAUCAGGAGGUUCAACCAUGCUUUGCCAGAUUCAGAAGGGAAUGAACAGACAUUCGCUUUCAUGAAAGUAUGCAUUGCCGUGGGUUUACUUUUGCUGGUAUUUGCCGCAAUUACCCUUGUGUAUUUGGUUAAACGAGAAAAGCAGCUAAGAAGAAUGGAAGAUGAACUAACAGUGAUGAACAUAUGAACGUGAUUCUAUAAAUAAAACUUUCCAUAUCAAUUCAUUUUCAUGAUGUCAAUGGUGCUGGGAAGUCCUGCUGGAAAUAUGAUUUCAUAACUUUUUGUAAGCCUUUCCUGUGUCAGACAUGAUAAUGAUCAUUUCUGGGUUGCUUUGCAUCAUCUGUAAUGUCUGGACUGGACACUUGCCGACACCAGAUUCUGCUAGCGACCCUGACAAGGUUUCUAGUCAAUGAUAUGUACCAUGAGGACUAGUGAGGAAACUUGGACCAGGGUGUUUCUGGGGCAUCAUCCAUUCCACGUUCCUGGUCAACACGGAUACAAAUCUUCUGCCAGCCACAGAAUCAUCUGUCCAGAGACCACACUGUUUCUUCCAGCCUGGUCCUGGAUGUAGGUUCCACCCAUAUCAAGCUCUCAGACAACCAGACACCUGGAGGAAUGCAACGCAGCACAGGAAUGUUUGACCAAGGGGUUGGUUGCGCUAACAAAGAGAUGGCAAGAGCCUGUCUCAGGGAUUAUAAGCUAUUAAAACUGUCAAUAAAAUUAAAUACUUUUGAAGCUUUCAAACAUUCACAAGUAUUCAAGGAAAGCUCUGGGAAAAGCAAACGGGGAGGCAGGGUGGCUUUGAACGAGUGGUACAGAUCCAGUAGGUAUUAUGAGCCUGCAGAUAUGGCAGGAGGAGAAUAUCAAGCAACCAGUAGUUUGAUCUGCAUGGAUCAUAAAAGUCACAGACUGUGUGCCAAAAAUCCAGAAGUUGUAAUCCCUGAUAGCUUCACCACUGCCCUGCUAGAAUUUGUAAGAUCAACAGGAGAUGACCUCAUUUUUCAAUGGUUUGCUGGUUUCUCCACUCUUCAUUGUGCACGUCUGCAGUAUCUGGAGGAUCUCCCAGUGGCCACCCAUUUUAAUUCCACUUCCCACUCCCAUUUUGAUAUGGCCUCCUCUACUGUGGUGACAAGGCCACACUUAAGUUGGAGGGGCAACACCUUGAAUUCCAUCUGGGUAGCCUCCAAUGUGAUGGCACGAACAUCGACUUCUCAAACUCCUGGUAAUGACCCCACCUUCCCCCUUCACCAUUUCCCAUCCCCGUUUCUCUCUCUCACCUUAUCUCCUUGCCUGCUCAUCGCCUCCCUCUGGUGCUCCUCCCCACUUUUCUUUCUUCCAUGGCCUUCUGUCUCUUUCAACUCCCAGCUCUUCACUUCAUCCUUCGUCCUCUAGGUUUCACGUAUCACCUCGUGUUUCUCUCUCCCUUCCCGCCCCCCCCACCUUUUAAAUCUACUCCUCGGCUUUUCUUCUCCAGUCCUGCGGAAGGGUUUCAGCCCGAAAUGCCGACUCUACUCUUUUCCAUAGAUGCUGCCUGGCCUGCUGUGUUCCCCCGCAUUUUGUGUGUGUUGCUUGGAUUAUGCAGAUUUUCUCCUGUUUGUACCUGGAGUCUGCCUGCUUUUGAGGGUGGAAUAUCCCAGUGACCUUACCUGCAGGAAUAUCCCCAUCUUGAUUCACUAGGGGCAUCCAGUGAUAAGAUUCAAAUAAAGCACCUUGCCUAGAUCCAUGGUGGAACCCACUGGGACCUCUCUAGACAGAGAUAUGGGCAACCUUGCUUUGUUUUCUCUGGAGAUGUGUGGGGAAAGUUCUGCACAGAGAGAGCUAGCUGCCUCCAAUGAGCUGCUAGGGGUAGUGAGGUUGACAGGGGCAUUUAAGAGUGUUUUAUUAGAUAGUCACGUGAGGAUGGAGGAACGUGGAGGGAGAAGAGAUUUUGUUUAAUUUUGGCUUUGUGUUCGGCGUAGACACUGUGGGCUGAAGACUCUGGUCCUAUGCUGUACCCUUCUGCCUCCUGUGUAGAUGUGUCUGACCUCACGAGGCCUGCUGAUCUGUAGUCAAGGUAGCUUCUAGAUUAGUCAAGUUUCUGGGAAGAAGCCAGGAGAGUGGGAUUGAACAAAUCAGCCAUGAUGGAAGCAUGGAGCAAACUUGAUGGGCCGAACGAUCUAAUUCUGCUCCUUAUGUCCUAUGGUCUCAUGGUCUAAGAGGAGCUGAGCCAGUAAUGAUCAGCCAUAAUCACAUUACAUGCUCUGGUAGGCUUGGAGGGUCUCCACUCUUGUGAGAGGGAGUUCAAAUUCCAUAUUGAGAGAAACUAGAAACUUAGGUUAUUUCACUGCCGUGUUUGUUCCCAGAGUUUUGUUUUCAUUCCAUUUUAAAAUGUGCACUAUAAAGCCUGUAAUGGUCCAUUUUGUGACUGUAUUCAUGAUAACUUUGUACAUUAUUACUUACACAAAAACUUGCACUGUAAGCAACAUGUUACGCGCUAUCAUGUCGGAAUAAUUUCCUUGUGUGCAAAGCAUGACGGUACAAUGUGUUUUGUUGCUAUUGCAUUUUUAUCGAUA